AUGUCCAGACAUCAUCAGAACUAUUAUAAAGCCCAAACAACAUUCCGGCACAGCAAAAAAAAGCGAUUAGAUUCGAUCCGACAAUCAUUAGCUGGAAGUUCACACGAUCAAACACCACAAAAAACUGAAAUUGAAUGCAAUUUAGAAAAGUUUUGUGGUGGAAAAUGUUCAUGUUCAGGUGCAUUUACUGGUUUCAGGCGAGAAGUGAGAAGUGAGAAGCGAAAAGCGAGAUUCGAGGCCGAAGAUUCUUAA